CAGCCUCUAAGGAUGUGUUGGAAGAAAGUGUGAGAUUGGUUCACCUGAUGCUGGAGAUAGUUUAGCCUCAUUAUGCAGUUUUGGAAGAAGGACAAACCAAUAGAACUAGAGCGACACAUCAGAGGCAGUGAUCCAGAAUACAAUCUUCAGUUUCAAUAUGCAAACAAUUACAUCUGUACGUCUAAGUACUCUGUCGUCUCAUUUGUGCCGAAGAAUCUCCUGGAACAGUUUCAGAGGAUUGCCAACUUCUACUUCUUAUGUCUACUUAUUCUACAGCUAAUUCCAGCAAUAUCAUCCCUGACACCGCUCACCACUGUGAUCCCUUUGGUGGUAGUAUUAGGCGUGUCAGCUGUCAAAGAUGCCAUUGAUGAUUUUCAAAGACACAGAAAUGAUGCUCUGGUAAACAACAGAAAAUCCUGGGUUUUACGGGAUGGCAAACUGAUGGAAGAACGAUGGCAUAAAGUUGUUGUUGGUGACAUCAUCAAAAUGGAGACCAAUCAAUUUGUUGCUGCUGAUCUCUUGCUUCUGUCUACAAGUGAACCUCACAGUUUGUGUUACAUAGAGACAGCAGAACUUGAUGGGGAGACUAAUUUGAAGGUGAGACAGGCUAUUCCGGAGACUGCAGAACUUGGAGAUGACAUAUCACAGCUUUCUAGAUUUGAUGCCGAAAUAAAAUGUGAGGCUCCGAACAACAACUUGAGUAAAUUUGAAGGCACCAUGACUUGGCGAGGGCAAAAGUACUCUUUGGAUAAUGAGAAAAUUUUGUUGAGAGGCUGUGUUCUGAGGAAUACCCAGUGGUGCUUUGGACUGGUUAUAUUUGCAGGGAAGGAUACCAAACUCAUGAUGAAUAGUGGCAGAACAGUCUUCAAAAGAACACAUAUAGACCGACUCAUGAAUCUUAUCAUCAUUGGGAUUUUCAUUUUGCUUCUUGUCAUGUGCCUGACGAUGACCGUAUCAUGCGGUAUUUGGGAAACCCUGGUAGGAACCAAGUUCACAGUUUAUCUUCCCUGGGAGUCCUUUGUCCCUGGCUCAGCAGAUAAACCAGGGAAUGUGACAGAGGGAGCUACCACCAUCUCUCUACUGGUCUUCUUCUCCUACAUUAUCAUCUUCAACACUGUGGUUCCUAUAUCUCUCUAUGUCAGUGUGGAAAUGAUCAGACUGGCCAACAGUUUCUUGAUUAACUGGGACAACAGAAUGUAUUAUGAAAAGACCAACACACCAGCCAAAGCUCGGACGACCACACUCAAUGAAGAGCUGGGUCAGAUCGAAUACAUCUUCUCAGACAAAACAGGAACAUUAACACAGAAUAUUAUGACAUUUAAUAAGUGUUCCAUUGAUGGAAAGUCCUAUGGAGAUGUGGUGGAUGAGUAUGGAAAUCCCUUGGAUAUAACUGAGCAAACUGCUAGAGUGGAUUUGUCAAACAACCCAUAUGCUGAGGAGAAUUUUGAGUUUUAUGAUCAGCGUUUAUUGGAUGCUGUACAGUCCAACAACCCUCUAGUUCAUGAAUUCUUUAGAAUCCUUGCCCUUUGUCACACAGUCAUGCCAGAAGUCACAGAUGGUGUGUUGGAGUAUCAGGCCCAAUCUCCAGAUGAGGGAGCCCUUGUGUCUGCGGCAAGAAACUUUGGCUUUGUUUUCAAGUCACGUACACCUCACACAAUCACAAUUGAGGUCAAUGGAAAAGAGGAAGUUUAUGAUUUACUGUGUAUCCUGGAUUUCAAUAAUGUCCGAAAGCGAAUGUCUGUGAUUGUGCGAAAAGAUGGAAAAAUGCAGCUGAUGUGUAAAGGAGCUGAUAAUGUGAUAUUUGAACGACUUGACAAGAAAUGUGCAGAAUCGAAAGAAAUCAUCACCCAUCAUUUAAAUGAAUUUGCCAAUGAUGGUCUUAGAACACUUUGCUUGGCUUCAAAAGAUAUAUCUGAGGAUUUCUGGAAUGUGUGGAAGGUCAAACACCAUGAAGCAAGCACAGCCAUGGAGGACCGAGAUGAGAAAUUAUCCCAAGUUUAUGAGGAGAUAGAACAGGACAUGUUCCUGGUUGGAUCCACUGCUAUUGAGGACAAAUUACAAGAUGGAGUCCCAGAGGCAAUAGCUAAUCUAGCAGCAGCUGGGAUAAAGAUCUGGGUGCUUACAGGGGAUAAACAGGAAACUGCCAUUAACAUUGGAUACUCCUGUCGUCUGCUUACGGAUGAAAUGGAGGAAACUUUUAUUGUGGAUGGAGAAACAGCACCUGAAGUCAAGAAACAGAUGUCGGACUAUCUUCGUGCCAUUAAAGACCACAAGGCAGAGAGACAAAAUGAGGAGAGGGUUCACAUUGCCAAUGGAGGAGGUGUCAGUUUUGAUGGAUCCACAGCAGACUUAAAUGUAGACAUGCCAGGUGUGGACUUUGCUCUAGUCAUCAAUGGACAUAGCUUGUACCAUGCUUUGAGUGCAGAGCAGGAGAACCUGUUAGUAGAGUUAGGCUGUAGCUGUAAAGCGAUUAUCUGCUGUCGAGUCACUCCUCUACAGAAAGCGCUGGUGGUGGAUCUUAUCAAGAAAAGCAAGAACUCCAUUACACUCUCUAUUGGGGACGGGGCUAAUGAUGUCAGCAUGAUCAAGACUGCUCAUAUUGGAGUUGGAAUCAGUGGACAAGAGGGAAUGCAGGCUGUUCUGGCUAGUGACUACUCAAUAGCACAGUUCCGAUACUUAGAACGUUUACUUCUGGUGCAUGGACGCUGGUCAUACUUUAGAAUGUGCAAAUUUCUGAAGUAUUUUUUCUAUAAGAACUUUGCCUUUACACUGUGUCAUCUGUGGUUUGCAUUUUUCUGUGGAUUUUCUGCCCAGACUUUAUAUGAUCCAUAUUUUGUGUCUUUCUAUAAUGUGUUUUAUACGUCCAUACCAGUUCUAGUCCUGGCAUGCUUCGAUCAGGAUGUCAAUGAUUACUACUCACUAAGAUACCCUAAGCUAUAUACACCAGGACUGCUGGACUCCAUGUUCAACAAGAAAGUGUUCGCUUUCAGUGCAGGGGAGGGAAUCAUCACAUCAUUAGUGCUCUUUUUCAUACCUUACUUUGCCUUUAAGUAUGGCGUCCACUAUGAUGGCACAGAUCUAACUGAUCACCAGUCACUAGGAUGUGCUGUUGCUAGCACACUAGUUGUGGCUGUUAAUUUAAGGUGUGCAAUGGAUAUGACAUAUUGGACAGCUUUCCAUCAUGUGGCAAUAUGGGGGAGUAUUAUAUACUACUUUUGUUUCAUAACAGCCAUGUAUGCAAGUUCCUUUAACUACACGUAUGAAGGUGUCGCCUACCAGGUGUUCUCAUCAGCCCAGUUCUGGUUUACACUGCUUCUAACCUGUACCGUACUGCUGUUACCUAUUAUUGCCUAUAGAUUUUACUAUAUAGAUGUCCAUCCAACGCUCUCAGAUCGCAUCCGUCUGAAGCAGAGAUUAACAAAGUCCAAAUCACGCUCAAAGGAUCUUCACAUAAGACGUGCCUCCACUCUUCGACGCAGCACAAGAUCCUUGCGUUCGGGUUAUGCUUUCGCGCACCAGGAAGGCUUUGGUGAACUUAUUACUAGUGGUCUUAAUAUGCGACAGCGAGUGGAAAAAAGUGAACAGAAAAACUCUGUAGAGUUGACUAAGGUGAAAAAGAUUGAUACUCCACCCUUGCCUGAUUAUAAAGAUUUGUACCAAGAAAAUAAUAAUUCUAAUGGCGCCUCAAAUGUUUCUGUUGGCGAAAACAGUACAACAGCAGUAGUGAUAGAAAACCAUCAACAUCUUGAUCAUCAUCAUGAUCCGGAUAGACAUGUUGUGUUCUGUGAAAAGCUUUAAUGGAACAUUUAUAGUAAAUUAAUUUAUUUUUGAAAGUAAGAGAGACUGUUAUCUGUUGUUAUUUUAGAUAGGGAAGUUGUUAGCUAGAGGAAGUUAAUGAUGAGUGUUACUUUUCUUUUGUCAUGUACCUGGUACCAUUGCAUAUUAACAAUCAGGUUCUAGAAUUUGUAUCAUUAUUUUUAGAGACAACAAUUUUUCUUUAUGUAUGAAUAUAUUACAUUUGUAUUUAUGAUUUAAUCAACAAAAUCAAAUACUUGAAUAUUUAUAUUAAAUUACAUUUUUUUGAACAUGGAAAAAGGUAUAUAUUUCUGGUU